AUGGACUUGAGCGUCAACAGUUGCGUUUCGAACCCAGUGGAAGAGUCUCAACGCCCCAUAUUGCAUAUUGAGGCUCGAGUGAAAUGUGCUAGUGAUGGCAUGAUCGUUCGCACUGAUUUGGUUAGGGAUGAGGUUACAGAAUGGCUUCACAACAACUUCAUCGUGAUGUCUGUUGAUCAGUUUAUCAAUUCUUUCGGAGGUCUAAGCGAACCACAUGCCCAAGCCCUGGAGUUUAAACUCGUGACCGAAUGUAGCGGCGGCAAUCUGGAGUCCGGUGCAUAUCGACUUCAGGAUGUCCAAUUGGACGUUCAAGUGUACCAACUGCGUACAAAAUCGGAGCGACAAAGCUUGCAGAAGACCAGUGCACUUGAGGAUUCAACAGAAGCCGGGGGUGGAGUCGCUACGGCAAGAGUCCUGGCCUUACCGAGCAUAGAUCUGGAGGGACUAUGGGAGACGUUGGAUUACGAUCAACCAAUUCAGUCGACGCUUCUUUCGGCUACAAGCAGAAUGGUCUCGUUUUCUGCUCAUAAACUCGAUAAGUGGACUAUCAAUUGGAACAGGUUGAUACUCAUAUGGGGGCCACCAGGAACUGGGAAGACAAGCCUUUGUCGCGGUCUUGCCCAGAAGCUUGCAAUACGCCUGGGAAAGGAUUAUCCCCAGAGCAAGCUAUUCGAGAUCAACGCAUACUCUUUAGGAAGCAAGUAUUUCGGCGAGAGUAGCAAACUUGUGAAUGGAAUAUUUGGAAACAUUGAGACGUUUCUUCAGGAGGAAGAAGAUACAUUCGUUUGUGUGUUCAUGGAUGAGAUAGAGACCUUGGUUGCUCGGAGAGACCGGGCAUUGAGCAGCAAUGAGCCCUUCGAUGCCAUUCGAGCGGUCGAUGCGGUACUCACAGGGCUGGAUAAGCUGAAAGAACAUUCGAAUGUUAUCGUCGUCUGCACCAGCAAUUUGAUUACGGCGCUGGACUGCCUAGAGGAGUUGAGCCAGAGUGGACUCAUUGAGGGUGUUGCAUUCGACGUGGUCCAAGUUACUCCGGACGAUCCCCAGACGGCUUUGCAGUAUGUGGAGCAGGCUGCGGAACACCUCACCAUCCCGACUUUUGACGAAGUGCUGCUGCACUAUAGAUCGUUCCCCGAUGCUAUACCCACGCUACUUGCUAAUGCUGUCUUUGAAAGUGAGGGGCUUAGCGGUCGCACGGUUCGAAGACUACCCGCUCUAUCGUUGAUUCUUUAUAGUAACGGUACCCGAUGCGAUAUUCGGACAGCGAUUGAGGCGCUGCGUAUGGGGAUAGCGUCGGAAUGGCAGGCUAAGACGGAGGCGACGAUGACUAUGGCGGAAGAGCAGCUCUCGGGAACAACACAAGCCAAUGGCCAAUGA